AUGGGUCCUCCUAUGGUGCACGCAGUGGAAACAAAAGACGGUGCCAUCGUCCCGCAUGGUGAGACGGCCGAAGGCUCCGGUCUGAUCUCUAUCAUGGUGAGACAGAUGGACGGAUCAAGCGGACCACGUCAUUGGAAGAGCAAAGUAAAGGCGGCCCAAACUUUAGAAGUCCUUAAGGUGGGUUCUAGUUACUUUCCGGCAAGUGCCGAGUCUGGUUUGGUCAACAUUUGA